UUUGGUGAACCUCAUCCAACCUCCUCAUCGCUACCCUUUCUUAAUUUCUCUUCAAAAGCUACAAGAAGCUGCAAGAGUUUGCUCGCAAAGACUCACAUGGGUGGUUCAAGGGGGCAUGUGACAUCAGGCCUUGCAUUCCUUGCACUUGGUUCAUGGCAUCUCUUUAAUCACAUCAAGCUCCAUUUACUCCACCCAAAUUCAUACACAUGUCCUCCAUGGUUUCCCACCUCCAAAAUAAGGUAUAUUGAGCUUCUCUUGAUCAUGCUUUUCUCCUCCAUUUUCAUCUCUACGGAGAUCUUCAUUGGCCAUGAAAGGCACCGACCUCUUGACGCUGAUGGAAGCAUCUCAACAAAUCGCCUCAACAACUUAGAACACUCUGCCAUAACAAUUAGCUUCUUUGUCUAUGCUGCUUUUGCAAUCCUCCUUGACAAAGCAGCCCCAAAAGCCCAACAUGGCUGGACACAGUUCCUAGGAGCUCUAGCCUUUGCUCAACAGCUUCUCCUCUUCCACUUCCACUCGGCGGAUCACAUGGGCGUUGAGGGUCAUUACCACCUUCUCUUCCAAUGUGUGAUUAUUGUUUCUUUAGCCACUACUCUAAUGGGAAUUGGCAUGCCUAAGAGCUUCAUGAUCAGCUUUUUGAGGUCCCUAAGUAUUUUCUUCCAAGGGGUCUGGCUCAUCGUCACGGGCUACAUGCUUUGGACCCCGGCGUUGAUUCCUAGAGGUUGCUUCCUCCACCUUGAACAGGGUCAAAAAGUAGUUAGAUGCUCGAGCCAUGAAAUGCUACAUCGAGCCAAAUCAUUGGUGAACCUUCUAUUCAGCUGGCUCCUAGUGGCUAUUGCCGUUUUUGGAGUCACUUUCUAUCUUGUUUUGGCCAAGCUCUACGGUAAAAAUGUUGAGCACUUGAGACUAGAAAAAGAAGAGGUAAAGGAAGAGACCGACCAUGUUGAAUUACAGGAGAAAAGCAAGCUGCUUGGGGAGUCAAAGAUUUUCAGUAUGGAGAUUUGCACCAAUUAACAUUGAAAGUUCUAGUUGGUCGGUUUUGCGUUAAUGAUUUAUCUAUUAGGUACCAUGGAGUAUCAACUAUCAUGUUUCUGAAAUCCCUUGAACAAAAAAGAAGAAAAAAACUUGUAACAUCGGCAGUACCGGAAGUGCAUCCAAAUCCAUCCAUUGCUCUUAGUCAUGGUUCAAGUUCAAAGGGACGGUCUAUCUAUGUUGUAAAAAUUUUCAUUUCCCGCAGCUCCCCACGUUGUCUCAAUCAUGGAAAGAACGUUACGUAUAUAAGAAAAAGUUACAUUGCUA